UUUUGACUGUAAAAUAUGUCGAAGGAUAUUGCGAAAUGUACAACACCCGUUAUAUACAUUCAACAAGAUAUAAAAUUCGAAAAUGUAGUGACAAGUAAUGUGUGUAAAGUAGGUCCAUUAAAAGCUUUGCUUUCUCAAUUUCGAUUCAGAACGCCAAUAUUUUAUUUGAACAACAGCGUACGAUCGUGUCAAAUAUGUAUGAGAUGGGAAAGAGGACCAAUAGCACGAUUUCGUAUAAUAUGUGAAUUGGAAGACAAUAUCGAACCAGUAUUUCAAAAAAUAAUAAUUAAAACUAAUUCGUUUGUGGUAUGCGAUAGUUUCAUAAUAAAAACAGAAAGACCGGAAUAUUUCGAAUGGGCUACUUGUACCCUACCCACAGAUAUCAAGGAUUCCGAUAGCUUCGAAAUUCAUUUUACCAUCGAACAUAAUAUUCCUAUAAUCAAAAGGAAUACGAUGCAUAGUUCCGUCAAGAUUACUCCUAGAAAAUUCGAGCUUUACGAACGUUUGAAAACGAUGUACUACGACAAGCCAUGUACCGAUGUUAAAAUAAAUGUCGGCGAUAAAGAGUUCUUAGCACAUAAGUCGAUACUCUCUAGGAGUCCUGUAUUCGCAGCUAUGUUCUCUCACGAAAUGUUAGAAAACAAAACGAACAUUGUCGAAAUUAAGGAAGUGGAUCCUAAUGUCUUUGAAAUUUUAUUGAAAUUUCUUUACCUGGGAGAAGUCGACGAAAUCAAGAUUACAGAAUCUACGAACGACUUUCUUUUAGAAAUAAUGAAAGUGGCAGAUAUUUAUCAGAUGGAAGAUUUAAAAACUAAACUGGCCGACAUAGCAACGGCAACUAUAAACAUUUCCAAUGUUAUAAAUUAUCUCAUUCUAGCCGACAAAUAUAAUAUAUCGGAUUUGAAGAAGUCAACUAUGUUAUAUAUACAAAAGAAUCAUACGAAAGUUAAAGAUACCAAGUCGUUUGAAAAUAUGAUACAAAGGUAUCCAGUAUUAAUGGCAGAAGUGCUUUGUUAUCUUUCAAAAGAAUAAUCCGAUACAUUCAUGUAUAGUCUUAAUACGUUUCUGUUAUUUAUUUCUUUAAACUUUAAUUUAUUGCUUUUAUAUUCGAUAAUUUAAAUGAGACGAUAUACUAAAAACUUAUACGAUGACUUAUAAGAUCGUAUUUGAACGGGAAGCGAUCUAUGAGAAAACAAAUCUUUUUAUAGCAGCCAAUCAUCGUAAAGGCUGUUACCAACGUAAAAGUUCAAAUACAUACAUCACUUCCUAUCUAUGAACAAAAGAUAAUUUAAAAAAAAAAAAAAAAGAAAGAAAGAAAGAAAGAAAGAAAGAAAGAAAACAAAAAGAAAGAAAGAAAGAAAGAAAACAAAAAGAAUGAAAUUUCGCAAUUGUGUGGAAUAUUUUUCAAUCGUUCACAAUCAGAAAGUUGUUAUCACAAAAGAGAGUAUUUGUAGAGAUUGCUGACUUUAUGCAUAAACACACACACAUAUAUAUACAUAUAUAUAUAUAUGACUUGCAUAUAAAAGUUUGAACAGAAUAUUUUCUGAUACAUAUAAAUAUAUUGUGAAUUUCUUUUGAAUAUUUAUCAUUAUACGAAAUGGUUUUUUUUUUUUUUCUUUUUUCUUUUUAUAAAUCAGUAUCCAAUGCAUAAAACUUUUUUCUUUCUUUAAUUGCACUUCUCGUGUUCUUUCAAAUGACUGACUAACAUUGGCUUCAUUGACAUUGCAUUUAACCUAUGGGAUCUUAUAAUUGACCGAAUAAAAACGAUUGAUUCCACUAAGAAAUAUAUAUAUAUUUUGUCUUUACGUUUUUAUUAAAUAUUAUUAGCCCAAAGAAAUACAAACGCAAUAUGCAGAGGUGCAAUCAACGUCACGAUAUCUAUAAUACUAUAAAUUUUCAAACUUUCCAUUGACCUUGACAGAGACAAAAAGAGAGAGAUAUAUAUAUAUAUAUAUGUCUUUUUUUUUUUUGCAAUAUUAAUAAACUUAUCGACCUUGUAACAUUUUAUCAAAGAUAACGUGUAUCCCAUUCAAGAAUUAGUGAAACUUUCUUGAUAGCUUUAUAAAAAGUAACUGGAUAAACGAACGAAUA